CAGCUGUGCUGUGUGUAACGUGCACAGUCCCACCUCUUUACUACUUUGCCGCUCUCAAAACACCAAAAACCGACUCAAUAUUCACCAAACGUAUACUCUUUAUUAUUCUUAACGAUUAACAAAUAAAAAAAAAAAAUUGAAAUAAUAAUAGUAGUCGUCGCCACCACUGGUUUCGUUUAAGAGAUCCAGUUUUAAAAAUAAUAAUAUGGCUGAACAGGCAGGAGCAGAGCCAUCAGCGCCUUCUUUUGAUUAUAUGCUCUAUGAAGGGGACCCUGAACAUCUUCGAACUGUUUUAGCUACGCCAAAUCAACCCAUUCCACAGAUAGAUCCUUCUUUGUUAAAACUUAAGCAUAGAAUUGGACAUGGACUUUUUGGAGAUGUCUGGUUGGCUACACAUCAUCAGUCAUCAGAUGAUUAUGAUGAGUAUCAUGAAGUGGCUAUGAAAAUGUUACAUCCUAUAAAAGAAGAAGACGUUCCAAAGUUUUUGGCUAGGUUUGAAGAAUUAUUCCUCAACUUCCGUAAACUUCAAGGUGUUUGUUGGCUGCAUGGUAUCUCAGUUAUAACUGGGAAGGCCUCUCCACAAAUAUGCAUUGCUAUGAAAUUUUACGAGGGGUCAGUGGGAGAUCGAAUGGGCAAGCUUAAAGGAGGAAAACUUCCAUUGCCUGAUGUAUUGAGGUAUGGUGUGGAGUUAGCUAAAGGAAUUCAUGAAGUUCAUUCGUUGAACAUCUUGGUGUUGAAUGUUAAACCAACCAAUCUUCUUCUUGAUGAACAUGAUAAACUGGUUCUUGGAGAUUUUGGGAUCCCGUUUUUUCUUCUCGGGAUCCAAUUGCCUGAUCCGGAUAUGUCUCUUAGGCUUGGAUCACCAAACUACAUGGCCCCAGAACAAUGGGAGCCAGAAGUAAGAGGUCCGAUAAGUGUUGAAACUGAUAGUUGGGGGUUUGGCUGCUGCAUAUUGGAAAUGUUGACUGGUGUGCAACCGUGGUUUGGUAAAUCAGUAGGAGAGAUAUACAAAUCUGUUGUACUAAAGCAAGAAAAGCCACAACUUCCGAGUGGUCUGCCUCCAGCUGUGGAAAAUGUUCUUAAUGGCUGUUUUGAGUAUGAUCUCCGUAAUAGACCACUCAUUAGAGAUAUUCUGCAUGCAUUUGAAAGUUCUCGUGAUGCUGUAUCCAAUGAGGGAGAGUGGAUUGGUCUUGGCAGCAGAAUAUCACCAGACCGAUCACCUGGAAGCUGCUACUCCACAUGGUUUAUUACAAAAGAUCAUCUGCAAGUAGGCGAUAUUGUGCGCUCUCGUAAAACACCAAACAAUUGCAAAAGCAUGGCUGUUGCUGAAGGAACCAUAGUCGGUUUAGAAAAAGAUACGGAUCGUGACGGGUUUGUUCUGGUUCGAGUCCAAGGAAUCCACAACCCAUUAAGGGUUAACAUCACUACUCUAGAACGGGUCACUUUUGGGUUAGCAUCUGGGGAUUGGGUGCACUUACUGGAAGAGAGCAGAAACCGAAACCACUCGUUUAUUGGCAUUCUACACUCGAUAGACCGUGAUGGAAGUGUCAGUGUUGGGUUUAUAGGACGUGAGACCCUGUGGAGAGGACACUGUUCUCAGCUCCAAAUGGCAGAUCCGUUUUUUGUCGGACAAUUUGUAAGGCUGAAGGGAAAUGUGUUCACCCCUCGGUUUCCAUGGUUACAUAAACGAGAAGGAAUGUGGGCUACAGGUAAGAUUGAAAAGAUACUUCCAAACGGGUGUCUUAUUGUGCAGUUUCCUGGGAAGUUUGUUUUUAAAGGCAAAUACAACUCAGCCUUAGCGGAUCCAGCUGAAGUUGAGCAUGUUUCUUUUGAUACAUGUUCCACUCUGAGGGACAAGUAUCAACAUGUUGAGGAUCAUCAUUGGGCUGUGAGGCCAUUGACGAUUGCAUUUGGUGUGCUGGCGGCUAUGAAGUUUGGUUUUAUUGUGAGUCAUAGUGUUGGUGCUAGACUGAAGAAAAGCCGUACCAGUAAGACGCACGGUGGUGGCAGCAGCAGUGGUAACGGCCAAGAUGGGCAAAAUAGUGGCGGGAAGGCAAAGUGGCUUCCAUCACCUGUUGCAAAUAUGCUUUCAAGAGAUGGAACUGCGCCUCCUGUUAUUGCCAGAUGAUCUUAUUCGGUCAUUCAAAGUUGUAUUUGGGAAAUCGGAAGACCUUGAAAGUUGUUUAUACUGUAAAUAUAUGCCUGUAAAAUUUCAAUCAAAUGUAUACAGCUGCUUUCCAAGUUUAUCA